AUGGAGGGAGGAGACAGGAGGGGCUUGGAGCAGGAGGAGUCAAGCAGAACCCAGGCCGCAGCCAUAAUAGCGACCCACGGUGGAGCCAACGUAGGGAGGAUCAAUGGUGGAGAAAGAGAUUACGACUCCAGGGGGCCGACCGACACCGGUGGAGCAGGUGAUGGAGGAGACCAAGGCAGAGACGGAGAGCUGAUGAGCCAGGGUGAAGGGGAGGAUCCGGAGGGCCAAGGCAGAGUAGAUUGCUCAGGCGACCGAGGUGGAGGCGGGGAUCUGGAAGGCCCCGGUGAAGCUGGAGCAACUGAAGAACGAGGAGGAGCUGAAGGGAAGGAGGAGUCUGACAGAGCCAGAGUGACUGAGGGACGAGGCACAGCUGGAGGAUGGUCGACGACAGACAAAGGCGGAGCCAGAGGGAUGAGGGAGCUCGGCAGAGCCAGUGGACUGCUGGGCCACAGCAGAGAGGAGGGAGCUAGGAGCCAUGGUGGAGCCACUGAGUUGAUGGGCCGAGGCAGAGUCUGGAACUCUGAGGCUGGAGGCAGAGGCAAGGGACUCUCCAGCCACACCAAGGAUGGAGACUGA